UGUUCUGUCCUCCUCCUCCUCCAGCAGCAGCAGCAGCAUCCGUGGCUCCCCGAAGAGGACAGCGGGUGUUUGUAGGACACAGGGCCCGCGGAGGGAGGGGUCCUGGCCUGGGCACGGAUCCCGAAGAGGCCCCGGGGCCGCCGCUGGAUGGAGUCGGGCUGCAUUCACACAGCAAUGGCUAUGGGUCUGACAUCGAAAAAGCCGUCUGCUCGGAGCGUCGGUGUGGAGCGAAAAAACCUCAUCACGGUUUGCAGAUUCUCUGUAAAGACUCUCCUAGAAAAGUACACUGCAGAGCCUAUAGAUGACUCAUCUGAGGAGUUUAUUAACUUUGCCGCCAUUUUAGAGCACAUCCUCAGCCACCGCUUCAAAGGUAACACUGCAGGUUCAGGAAGCUGGUUCAGCUCAGAUGGACAGCGCAGUUUCUGGGAAUAUAUUCGGCUGGCGUGCAGCAAGGUGCAGAACAACUGCAUCGCCAGCAUCGAAAACAUAGAGAACAUCAGCACAUCACGAGCAAAGGGGCGUGCAUGGAUUCGAGUGGCGCUGAUGGAGAAACGUCUGUCUGAAUAUGUGUCCACUGCUCUGAGGGACACGAGAACAACCAGGAGGUUCUAUGAUGAUGGAGCCAUUAUGCUGAGAGAGGAGGCCCAAGUCCUGACUGGCAUGCUGAUUGGACUGAGUGCCAUUGACUUCAGUUUUUGCUUGAAGGGGGAGACUCUGGAUGGGAAAUCCUCAGCUGUGAUUGACUACACACCUUACCUGAAGUUCACUCAGAGCUACGACUACCUGAGUGAUGAGGAGGACCGUCGUAGUGUGGACAGCAGUAACAGCGAGGAAAGUGUCCCCGAGCAUCCCUACAUCCCCUUGGUGACUGACGAGGAGAGCUGGAGCAAUAAGUGUCGCAAAAUGGAGCAGAGGUUUAAGAUCGUCUAUGCCCAGAAGGGUUACCUGGAGGAGCUGGUGCGUCUGCGGGAGUCGCAGCUAAAGAACGUGGAAACGGAGAACAAGCGUCUGAGAGCCAAGGUGGAGGAGCUGACGGUCCAGACCCAGCAGGAGAAGAAGGAGCUGGAGGCCGUCGUGCUCGAGCUGCAAGCACAACUCUCUGCCCUCAUGCCCUGUGAUUCCUCCCAUCUGGCUAAAGAUCUCUCCAUCCCGCUAGUCAACCAGUGGUCCACUAUCACAAACAACCAGGGCGAUGUCAAGCUUUUCCGCAGAAGGAGUUUCCACAGUUUGGAGCAACUUUCUGCUGAAGUCAGUCUGAACUCCGACUCCCAGAGGACUGAUGGGAUACAGAAUGGAGAUGCUGCCUGGACUUCAGCAGGAAAAGACAACACUCCCUCCAUGCUGGGUCUGUGUGGCUCUCUGGCCUCUUUACCAAGCUCCAAGUCCCUGGCCAGCCUCAAGUCCAACGAGUGUUUGGUCAACAUCAGCACUGAACCCAGCCCUGCGCUCACUCCCAGCUAGGAGCUCCAGAACAACAACAACAACAACAACAACAAUGGAGAUUUAACCCCCAACCUGUCUGCCUGCCUGGUGAUGCUGCGUUGCCCAUAAACCCGACUAAAACCCUGCUCCCAUAAUCUACCAAGACCAUCAACAGCUCCAUGAGAACAGGAAAGUCUUCUCUGGAUUUUUGUACACAUGAGAGUGAAGUCACUUCUUUCCCUUCUCUUCGCCUUAUCCGCUCGACUCCUCUCUCUCACAACCACUUUGUACUAUCUGUGAAUCCCUUCAUCCAAGAUCAUGCGAUUCCUCUGCAAACUUUUGUCAGACCUAUUUUCUAAAGCAUCCGUUUAUUUCCUUAAAUUGUAUUGCCACCUUGCCCCUUAUUUGAACAUCAGUGUUCUUCCCUAUGGUGUCGCCUCUGUGUUUGUAGGCCUGUUUUUAUUAAGUUUCAUGUCAAAAUGUAACCAAACUUGCAGCUACUGGCAAAGAGAGAUGUGAUGAUCAGAUACAGAUUAUCCAUAUAAAGUAGAGGAUGGGUUGUACAGACUGUCCUCACACCACUGAGAAGUAAGUUUUAUGGGUGUGACUGAACGGUGCCUGAGGUCUGCCACCCCUGAACGUGCACAUCAUUCCUGCUUCAGCAAUCGACCACUGUUUAAAUCUGUGCAGCUAUUUAUUGAAUUUAU